AUGCAAUCUAUCGAUUUUGUUCUUGAGCUAUAUAGCAAGUUCUCCGGUGGAUUCCCAGUUGCGGUCUUAAAUUUGAAGGGCCUAGAAGUCUUGAAGUUGAAAGGAAAUUCUUUGUCGGGGGAGAUUCCGGCUGAGAUAGGUAAGCUGUCCAAUCUAUCAACUCUGGUCUUGAGCGGGAACAAAUUUGUCAGUAGAAUUCCAUCAACCAUACAGAAAUUAAGUGAGUUGAAAGAACUCCAUGUGUGCGAUAACCUAUUGUCUGGAGUGACCCCACAAUGGUUGUUCGAUAUCAAGAGCCUCAAGUACAUGGAUCUUAGUGGAAGCAAACUCACUUGGAAUCAUAGUGUUAAGAUAUCUCCCAAGUGCAUGCUAUAUCAGUUAUCUCUAAGGUCUUGCCGAGUAGCUGGACGCAUCCCUGAUUGGCUUGCCAAACAAAAGAGUCUUGAUAACAAGCUCGUAGGUUCGUUGCCAGACUCUCUCUCACGAAUCUCCACCCUUCAAGUUCUGAAUCUUCGAAACAACUCUAUCAGAGGCUCGAUCCCUAAGGAACUAUCGAAUCUUAGUAGCCUCCGUAUUCUGGACCUCUCCAGCAACAACAUUGUUGGGAGUAUUCCCUCGGAGUUAGGUAAUCUUGUAGGAAUGAUCGAAAAGCCCAAUUGUACCGAAUCAGCCACAUUGUGGUUUGGGUACAGUGGCGUUAGUGAGAGUUUGCAGGCAUUUGAAGGGUUGGUUGUGAAUUGGAAGAAAUCAGAACGAGGUCUGUCUAGCCUCAACCUUGAUAUCUAUUGCUUACUGGACUUGUCGGGGAACCAGCUAUCUGGCGAAUUCCCUGAUUCCAUGUUAAGGCUAAAGUCUCUAAACUUCUCCUAUAACCAGCUCACAGGAAUGAUUCCAAGGAGUUUGGGUGAGUUGGAGAGUGCAGAGACGCUGGACUUAUCACACAACAAGCUUUCUGGCAAAAUACUACCCUCAUUAGCAAAGCUCGAGCAACUAAGCACAUUGGACCUAAGCAACAACAAGCUAGAAGGUCUAAUUCCAAGGGGUAGACAAAUGGGCACCAUGGACGAUCCAAAUUCCUAUGCCAACAACAGUGGGUUGUGUGGGAUGCAAAUCAAGGUGCCAUGUACUCCAAUUUCUCCGCCAGGACAUGAACAUUCGCCAUAUAUAAAGAGUGAUGAGGAGAAAUGUUUUGUGUUGGAAGGUGCUGGAAUUGGUUUCUUGGUUGGACUUGUCUCAACAAUAGGAACCAUCUAUGCUGCUGGGUAUUUUGACCGCCCAACACCCCAGCUCCGCCGUGGCUAUAGACGACCUCGCCGGCGAGUUUAA